UCUCUCUAUACCUCUCUCUUUCUUCCUCUCUUCCCCCAACUCACAGCAGCGCAAACAAUCAUGCAAUCAUAUCUAUUUCUCGAACCUCUCCGAACCCUUAAAAGUCCCCAAACUUUUUAACCACCUGACCUGCAAAUCUGCUGAUCAACAAUCCUUCUCUUUCUUCUCUUCAAACCUCACAGUAACUUCUCUUUGAUCUUUCAAUUCCGAUCAUAGUUUUCUCACUCAAAUUUCACUCUUCUUCCUUCUUUCACUUGGGUAGGUUUUUCUAAACCAAAAUUCAAUUCCCUUCAGUUGAAGCAUCGUCAUCUUAUAUGGAUUAAGAAGAAAGUCUUUAGACUCCACAUAGCUUUUUUCUUUGCAAUGGCAACUUUGCCCGGUAGCCGCCUGCAACAAAUGUUGCAGUCGGCGGUGCAAGCAAUUCAGUGGACUUAUAGUCUCUUCUGGCAAGUCUGCCCACAACAAGGGAUCUUAGUAUGGGGAGAUGGGUACUACAAUGGCCCAAUCAAAACAAGGAAGACAGUGCAACCCAUGGAGGUGAGUGCAGAAGAGGCAUCUCUUCAAAGGAGUGAGCAGCUUAGAGAAUUGUAUGAGUCAUUGUCGGCCGGCGAAACAAACCAGCCUGCUCGGCGACCUUGUGCCGCUUUGUCGCCGGAGGACUUAACGGAGUCUGAAUGGUUCUAUCUUAUGUGUGUUUCCUUCUCUUUUCCACCCGGCGUGGGGUUACCAGGAAAGGCAUUUACAAGAAGGCAACAUGUGUGGCUUACCGGUGCAAACGAGGCGGAUAGCAAGUCCUUUUCUAGGGCUAUACUUGCCAAGAGUGCUCGCAUACAGACUGUGGUUUGCAUUCCUCUCAUGGACGGCGUCGUAGAAUUCGGAACCACAGAAAGGGUUCAGGAGGACCUGGGAUUGAUACAAAGGGUAAAGAGCUUCUUCCUAGACCAGCAUCAUCACCAUCAUCAUCAUCACCACCACAACCCGAAACCCGCUCUCUCUGAGCAUUCCACGUCCAACCCGGCUAGUUCCUCGGACCGGCCUCGCUUCCAUUCUCCACCACUACCAGCCAUGUACUCGGCCCAGGAGGAAGACCCAGUUCCAGCUACUACCAAUCAAGGAGACGAUGACAUAGAAGACGUAGACGAGGAGGAGGAAGAGGAAGAAGAAGAAGAAGAAGCUGCUGAGUCCGACUCAGAAACCGAUACAGGUCGGAAUAGUUCACCACCAAACGCAUCCACGCAAGAACAAAUCCGUCUGUGUGAACCAAUCAACCAGGGGGUAGGAGUAUCAGCAUUAGCCCCAGUAGCUCAAGUUGCGGCGGAGCCAAGCGAGUUGAUGCAGCUAGAGAUGUCUGAAGAUAUUCGACUCGGAUCACCCGACGAUGCUUCCAACAACUUGGACUCGGACCUCCACAUACUCGCUGGCAGCGGUGGCGGCGGCCAACCAGAUCAUCAUCAUCACCACCAUCACCAUCAACAGCGCCGGGCUGACUCGUUUAAAGCCGAGUCAACCCGGAGAUGGCCACCAUUGCCGGAUACGCUCAACGUUCUCCAAAGUCAACCACCACACUCGGCGACCCCUCAAAUGGAAGAAUUGACGCAAGAGGACACCCACUACUCCCAAACAGUAUCCACCAUACUCCAACAAAACCCGACCCGAUGGUCUGAAUCUUACAUGGCGUUCGGAUACUCACAACAGUCAGCCUUCUCCAAGUGGAACAGCCGAAACGAUCACCUGCUCCACCUUCCUUUGGAAGGCACCUCCCAAUGGCUUCUCAAGUACAUCCUCUUCAGUGUACCGUUCCUCCACAUCAAAUACCGGGACGAAAACUCUCCAAAAUCUUCCCGAGAUGCCGAUACGGCGACACGGUUCCGUAAAGUUACACCCCAAGACGAGCUCAGCGCCAACCAUGUCCUCGCCGAGCGCCGUCGCCGUGAGAAGCUUAACGAGCGUUUCAUCAUCCUACGGUCACUUGUCCCCUUUGUCACCAAGAUGGACAAAGCCUCCAUCUUAGGCGACACCAUAGAGUACGUCAAGCAGCUCCGCCGUAGGAUCCAAGACCUUGAGUCUCGUAACCGUCAGAUGGAGGUUGAUCAACGGUCUUCCAGGGGUGCGGAACCUCAGAAGAGUGGUGGAUCUAAGGAUCAGCAGCAGCGAAGUGGACCUGGGAGCAGUGGUGUUACGGCGGUUCAGGAGCGAACCCGUGGGUUACCCGGAUCCGAUAAGAAGAAGUUGAGAAUCGUGGAAACCACGGGUGGUACGAAGGCGAAAGUGUUGGACCCUGUGCCCAUUGUUGGCACCACCGUACAGGUGUCCAUCAUCGAGGCUGAUGCACUGUUGGAGCUUCAGUGCACGUACAGGGAAAAUUUACUACUCGAGAUAAUGCAAAUACUUCGGGAGCUGCGGUUUGAGAUCACAGCCGUCCAGUCCUCCUCAACCAAUGGCAUCUUCAAUGCCGAGUUAAGGGCUAAGGUGAAGGAUCACAGCAGUGGAAGAAAACCGAGUAUUGUGGAAGUCAAAAGGACCAUACACCAAAUCAUAGCCCAAAGUAGAACAAGCAGCACCGAUUUGUGAUUUUUUUUAUUUAAAAAAAAAAAAAUGGAAAAUGUGAAGGGUUUAGAAAUUGUAGAGAGAAAUCGACCAUUUUUUAAAGGGAAGUGGUCGUACGCUUACUAAUGGCUGAUUUAUGUGUAAUAAUAUACUAAUUUGUCCUUGUGAGAUAUGUGUAAACUGGAGGCCUCUUUGGGUAGUUUAUAAUGCUAUUGUUUACUUAUUUCUUGGAAA